AUGUCUUCCGCCAAAGAGGACCUCGGUGGGGAGGGCGCUGCGGCGCACUCCGAAGCCCCUUUCGGCGCAGGUAUCCCCGUGUUCUCGAGAGGCGCAGAAAACAGUCCUCUACUCUCCGAAGCUCAGCGACGCAAGUCGAAAAUGCUGCUGUCUCUCCAGGCGGAUACCGGCAAGGGCUUCGUCUUCGCGAUGCGGCUGUCCGUAUGGUACAUCUUCUACUGUACGGUGAUGGCGCUCGCGACCCUCGCUUUGGUCAUCUACAUGAUCGUCGAUGUAAAUGUGAAGGGCAACGCGAUGCCGAUCUGGGCGGUCGUCGCGGACGGGCUGAUCACCACGACUCUCUGCAUCGAGACUGCUCUCGACAUGUACUUCAUGGGUCAGCGGUUCUGGAGCAGCGGCUGGCACGUUUUCGACUUCGCCGUGGCUCUGACGAGUUUCGUGAGCUGGAUUCUGCUCCUGCUUGAAGUGGUUGGAGUGAUCAAGAAUUUCGACCAGUUCGUCACCAUCGCCUUGCUCACCGUUCGUUACACUACGCAGAGUAUCAGGAUCAUCCGCUACGUCCGCACGGGUGCGCAGGCGCAGGACGCGCAGGCGGCGGUGGAAGAGCAGCCUAUCAUCUUCGACCCGCACGCCGCUGGGACUGUGGGAGGCUUUGGAGACGACCUUGACACCGAUUACCACCACGUGCGAGUGGACUCCAUGUGA